UGAAAUUACAGCAAGUUAUCUGUCAAAAGUGCAUAUAGUGGACGUGUUACGUCACUAGAGAAAAUUGUUUAUUUUUAACAUAAAAAAUAGAGUUUAACUAGUUUAGUGUUGUUGUUUAGUUGAAAAGAAAAUCCUGAUGAUCAGAGAUAAAAAUGAGUUAUGAUGGGUACUAUUUGGAUCGUAACUUAAAGAAACCAUCUGAAAGUGGUCCAGCUUUAGAUUUGAUUAGAGGUUUAGAAAAUAGAAGAUUAUUUCACAAUGCCAAAGAUAAAGAGAACCUGGAACUUUAUGCUGAACAAGAGUUUGUUCGGAAAACAAAAUAUGCUGAAAUGAAAUGUGAGCUACCUGGUACUCCCAGAUCAUCUUUUUUGAUGGUGUUUAGCCCAGAUGGUACCAAAAUUGCUUCAACACAUGGCAAUCACAAUAUUUAUGUCUCAGACAGUCGUAGUGGCAAAACAAUAAAAACUUUGGUGGGCCAUCCAAGAACGCCAUGGUGCAUUGCUUUCCACCCCACAUCCAAUCAGAUUGUAGCAUCUGGGUGCCUGGGUGGACAAGUUCGAAUCUGGGAUUUAAGUGGAGGGAGUGAAGUAUGGACAACCAGUAACAAUUCUGUUAUUGCCUCAAUUGCUUUUCACCCAAACGAUAGAGUUUUGGUUAUAGCAACAUUCAAUGAAGUUUAUUUUUGGGAUUGGAGCAAGCCUGAGCCUUUUGUGCAAUGCUCCACAAACAACCCAAAAGAAAAGGUCCGUUACGUGGCGUUCGACAACCUGGGCCACAAGCUGAUCACCGGGAUAGCGAACAGCCCGCAGACGCGGUGGGAGCGCGUGCGGGCCCCGGUUCCCGUGCCGAGGCAGGCCGAGCGGUGCGCGAGCCCGUACAGGCGGCGCAUCACGCCGCGCGUCGUCAACGUGUCGAUACGCGUGCGGGACGGCGCGCAGCAGACGUCGCCCCAGGCGGCCGCCGCCCCCGAUCUCGCUCUGCUGCGCCGGGGGUUCUCGAGCGUGCCCGAACGCGAGCGCAGGAUCACGGUGUGCUACAGGAACCUGGUGAAGGAGUACGAGCAGCUGGUGCAGCGGUAUCUGCAGCUGUACAGGCCCAGGACUAUGAUCGAUCGAGGUACAGAUCCAAUGGAAAACAGCUCGAGCAUUACAAACAGCGGCACUCAAACCCCUGAAGCGCCCUCCACCUCGCGGCAAACCGAACCCUCAACCUCGACAAGCACCGAAACCCAACCGUCAACCGGUAGCCAACAGCAGCCGUCAUCUUCUAGCGGAUCUAGCAGAUCGCACGUGUGCGACUGUCAGCAAGAGCCCGCGCUUAACACCUCGCAAAGUCUGAUCUCGCCCAGCAAAAUUUUCUCCGUGAUGAGAAAAUCUCCGGGGUUCAUCCGGUCCACGCAGACCGUAGAGUCGCGCAAGCACAAAGCGGACGACAGCAGCGACAGCAGGAGGGAGAAGAGGGCGAGACGGCUGGCUGACAACAACAGCCCCGCGAGCAGCUGCGACAGCAUCAUCACGCACGCGUCGGAAUCGAACCCGCAGCAUCCGGAAGCCGAAGCUAACGCUGCGAAUAGUUCCACGGAAAUCAGCACGCAGACUGCUCGGGAAGUGCCGCUGGAAGUGCCGUCGACUUCGCGAGAAUCUCUACCUGGCACUAGCGGUGCCACGAGCGCAGCCAACGAUUCCAACGUCGACGAUUUAUUGUUGAACAUAAGGAGGACUGCAGAGGAGGAGGUUAGAAAUAGGAUUUUGCCGAUUAUUAGAUCGGUGCCAGAGAAUGACAGACCUGAACUAAUAAGAUUGUUUGAGAACAGUCGCGAAAACUGCCGGCUAAGGUUCCGGCAGAUGUACUCGACGAUAUGCAAAAAGCCGAAACGUUGGCUGCACCCGCCCACCAACACCUCGUCGGAGAACAACAGCAGCUCGGACGAGGCCGAAGAAACGGGCGUCGCCUCUCCCGCGGUGCACUUCCAAAGGAGAGCGCAGACGGCGCCGACGAACGCCUCGCAGCCCGCCGAAAGGCCGCGCGCCGCCCCCGCACCGAGCGGCAGCACGUCGGCCUUGCGGAACUACAACACGGAGCUGGAGCAGCUGCUGACGCGGCUGCUGACCGAGAUCGAGAGCAGCGAGGGCAGGGAGGCGAGGGAGUCCAACGGGGGAACGGCCACGUCGUCCUUUAGGACUGCCGCUACAACCACCACCGCGAGUUCCGAGACUGAAAACAGGUUUAGUACCAGGAGUACCAACACUGUUCCUUCCAUGGUGGCGGUCACAACAACCGAAGCUUCAGUGAGUCCGAUGCGCCCUCCAUCCGCACUGCACGACUCAUCUUUGGACGCUCUCCUUUCCGACGCGCCCACAACAACUGUAGGAUCAUCUAACAGUCGUAACACGUUUCCUACCAGUUCCCGUCUUUUGCAUUUUUUCGAGUCGCUUAGAAACGAUCUGGGUACGGAAGGUACUACUACUACGACGCCGUCUCCCACAGUACCACCGACGACCACAGCCCCGGAAAAUAUCACACUACCACCUGUUACUCUCGGUAUAGGUAGUUCCAGCACCAGAACGACCAGCUCGCCUAUAUACACGUCGAACUCGAGGCGGAGGUUUUUUUCUAAUCGCGUAUCGGCGUUUAUGCCGACCAGGGUGAACUACACGGCGUCUCGCUUGCGGCGGUCGAACCAUUUGUUUACAAGAGGACUCAUAAACCAUCACAACAACACUUUAAAUCGCAGCAGCGGUCCUUUCGCCCUCGACGAGCUUACAAACUUCUCCGAAAGAGCCAAUUCCGAGGACGAUCCCCCCACGAUUCUCCUACCGUCUUUCAACAGCACCUUCACCGCGGAUAACUUAUCCCCCCGCGAUCAUUUGGGCAUCUCCGCCAUCUACUCGAACAUCGUGCAAGACUUGGAGUCGAGUUUGAACGACGUUAGGAACAUAACGUCCGCGCGACCCGGCGAAACCUCAGACAUGCUGAGCAGCUUUUCCGAGCGCUUGGAGAACAUCAUGAACCAAUCGGAAACCAUACUCAGGAAUCUGCGGAGCUCUAUGGAGCUUUUAUCGGCGAGCGCGGAGCAGCAACAAACCGCCUCGACUUCGCGCACGCCCGCGAACGAGCCUUCGUGGAGCUUCAACGACCCGAGCUUUUACGUGCGCGACGCGCGCACGGAUUCGCCCACGAGCACGAGCUCGAUAGCUUCCGGCGACGGCGGAAGUCGGCAGGCGGGCGCCGGCAGGGUUUUUAACCCCGUCGCAUCCGAUCACACGUACUGGAGGGACCCUGCAGAGGGUCCUCAAACGCCCGGAGGAAGCGAGAGCAUGACGCCGGUCAUGAUCACCAUCAGUCACAUCCAGGUGCAAGCCAGGCUGCUCAGGCAACAGGUUGAAAGUAUCGAACGGAUAGACAGGGCCAUGAUAGAAGUGGCCCAGCUGCAACUGGUACGCCAGCUGAUAAUAGAGCUGGUGAGGCGCGUGCGCAACUCGAACCCCACCGAGAGCGCCCGCAACAACGCCGGCGUGUCGAGCGUGCGCCAAAUGAUGGCCGGCACGCGCAUCAGCGACAACGGCCCCGACGAAGCGCCGGAAGUCACCGCCACCGAACCCCCCGCCGCCCCCUCGAGCAACUCGAGCUCGGCCACGACGAGUGCCAGAAACAGCGAACAGAGUUGUUCGAGUAGCGGCGGUGGGGUUGUCAACGAGGGCGGCAGCUCUCCGAGAAGCAGAUUGCGAAGCAUAAGGUCAAGGCUCGACCAGAUGAUUUCGAGGAUGAGCGAUUCCAGCAGCGCUCGCACUAAUCCGCCGCCACCCGCUGAACCCUCUACGUCCAGUGCGGAUGCAACUGCGGAUAGCAGUGCACCGCCCAGGUCUAGACCUAGAGGAUCCAGCAGGAAAACUUAUCCGCCUUCGAGGUUCUUUAAGUCGCAGCGGUUUUGCCGCAGGCCUUCUCUAGUGCACUUUCUGUCGCGGCGUUAUUUAAACAGAGGCGAUCGUAGCGCGAGACAAAAUACGCAAAGUAGUAGUAGUAGAUCGAGCGAAGCAUUCUCAAACCGACAACCGACCUCGUUAUCGAACUACUCCGUCAUAAAUUCAUCUACACUCUCUUUUAUGACGCGCAGAUUGGAAUCACUGCUUACAGAACAAAUGCGGCACUUUACCAGACCCGCAGCUGAAACUUCGCACCGCAGUUACGCGUCCAUCGAUUUAGGCGAGCACAUCUUGGCUUUGAGAUUGCACGGCUGCAUGCUGAGGAUAAACCGCGUUCUGGGCGGCUCUUCUGUGCGCCCGGCGCCGCCCAGCAUGGCGGUUACAGCAGACGGCGCGUCGCGUUACGGGGCGCGCCAUACUCUCGGAGUAAUUGUGGACGGAAUGAGCCGGCACGUGGAGGAGAUGGGCUCAUCCUCGACGUUCUCGCAGAGCAUGCGCUUGGAAAUGCACGGGGUGCUCGCGAUGUCGCUGCUGCUGUCAGAGCUGUGCCUGCUGCAGGUGGUGGACUCCAUCCCGCCGCCCACCGGCAUGAAUCUCGACCCGGAGAGGGAGUCGCUGACCACAAGGAUCGAUCAGAUGUGCGCCCAGAUGCUGCAGAGCAGGUUUAGCAGCCAUUCGCAUCAGUUGACCAGGAGCUUGAGGCUCAUGAGAACGACCAUGAGACACGCUUACGCGGCUCUCGGUCAAACUUACACGGACCGAAGAAACGCGAUGUUGCCGCGUCACGAGACCGAUCGCAGGCAACUGCUGGGCAGCAUCAACAGGUGCCUGAGAACGAUAAACCGCAACCAAAGACCGCGCGGUGGUGCCGCUCAAAGCGGCGGCGUCGACGGCAACGCCGCGGAAACAAACGACGGCGCGUCGACGACCGCCGACGCCAACAACGACAGCAACGACAAUCCGUUCAUGAGCGACUGGUUCACCACCUUGAGCGAUUUCAUACGCAGGUACUCUAACAGCAACGACGAGGAAACGUCGAACAACCCGUCGACUUCGGGGGCCGGGACGGGGAGGGACAGGGACGCGUCCUCGAGGACCGGGAACACCUCGAGCAACAACAGCGACGACAACGACGACGAAUCCGACUGGUUGAGCAACAACAACACGUCCUCUCACAACAGCAACUUGUAUCGCAGCAAUAACGUCAACUUGAGCGAGCAAGCAGAGUCCAAUCAGUCGAGGAUGUGGACCGUGCCGUCCGUACAGGUAAACGACGUGCCCGUGUCUGAACCGUCGACAUACCAGCAGCGUUUGAUGAGCCAACGUCAGCGGUUCGCGGACCGCGUGUCCGAGAUGCGUCACAAUCCGUCUAUCGGCGGGCUGUUUCGUCCGCGAUUCCUGCAUCCGCUUUACGCGAACCGCGUGAACCCGUUCGACGCGGACCUCGACGAUCCGCAGCGCGAGCCCAUCUACGAGACGGACAUGAUCACUACCGUGACGCCGAACCACCGGCUCCAGGCCUGGGACAUCAGCGACUGGAGCGUGCCCGCCAUCAGCAACUCGAUGAAGAACGUAAUUGUGGGAGAAUGCAAAAUCCACAACGACGCUAGUGUCGACAUCGCCAAAGACGGUACUCUUCUAGUAACCCUGCUGCCAUCUGGUGGAUAUCUAAAUGUAACAAACCGAUUAGGCGUGUACAGCCUGAAGUGGGAAACGCUCGGGCAGUGCCUAUACACGACCAGCUUCGAGCAGAACGCUGUAUCCGUAUCCCUAUCCCCGCUCAGUCGCCAUCUGCUGGUGGGACUGGCAUCGAGGACGGUUUCCAUUGUCUGCAACGAUCGCUGGGUGAUGGCGCGCAUUUUUAAGAUCGAGCAAAAAGACGAGCCGGGGGAUCGUUUGCCCAUGGUGAGGGAGCUGGUGGGCGACAGCAGAAUAAACUGCAUCAGGUGGCUGCCCAAUUCCGGGCAAGGGAUCAUUUACGGUACCAACACCGGACAGCUGAUCGUUCUAACGUAAACGUUUGGAUUUUAUCGAGAUUAUUUAGUUACGUUACUUUAUUCUAUGGUUUUAAGGAGUGUGCUUUAAGUAUUCCUGCGGCCCUUUGUUUUGCGCGAUAUUCAGGGUUCAAAAUAGAAGUUAAAUAAUUUAAUAAUAUAUCAUAUUAAAAACAUGGUAUCCUUAAAAGAUAAUUAAAAUUUCAGCCCGGUCUACAAUUGGAUAACGCUUAUAGAAAGGAAACAAAGCGCCAAAAACUUUUUUUGGGCUUAGUAAAAUUAUUUGUAAAAUAAUUCAUAUUUAAUAAUCCUCAAAAGGUUAAUCAUCAUUUGAAUUUUUUCUAAAAAGAAUUGAGAAGGUUCCCAAAUCAUUAUUAAUUUUUGAGCAGCAUUAAAAAUGAGUUAUUUUGCAAAUAAUUUUGUUUACCACGGAAAAAGUUUUUGGCGCUUGGUUCCUUUUCGAUAAACGCUACCCAAAUGUAUCUUUUACGGCUUACGUCUUACGUCAACCAAUCGCAGUGCUGUGAUUCGUUGGCAUAAGACGUAAGCCGUAAAAUAUACAUUCUGCGACAAUGUAAAAGGAUUUAUAGGUUGGGCGUAAAAAAAUUAAACCUUUCAUAUAAAUUAUAGUUACUCUACAUAUGUAUAUGGCACGCCGUUUUAACAUUUGUUAAAUAUUUACUUAAUUUAAAAUUUUAUUGGUUUCAAAUUUUCCCUACUAAAAAUUUUAUGGUUACCUUUAUAAAUUUAAAAUAUUUUCAAGUAUAAUUUAUUGGGGCAGAAUUUUGUUAAACUAAAAACAAUUGAUAAACAAAAAAUAUUUUAAAUAUUAAAUGCAAAUGUAAAAGUUUAAGUUUAAAAUAUUGGUUUUUAAAAAUUGUAUUCUACAAAAGUCAUUUAAAUGGUAGUUGAUACAUUUUUAAUACAAAAAUUUUCACAUUACAUUUAAAUGUAAGUCGAUAAUUUUUCAUUCUCUAGCGAACGCCGUCUGUUAAAGCUACGUUUACACUUUGUAAAUUAAAAAUUUACGACUUACAUGUAAAGUUAUAAAUUUUGUGAUAAAAAUUUAUCAAUUUAUCAAAGAGUUAUUUAAAUGAUAGUCGAUAAAUUUACCACUUUAAAAUUUAAGACUUAAAUUUUUGUAUUAAAAAUUUAUCAACUAUCAUUUAAAGGACUACAAAUUUAAACCGAUAAUUUUGUAGAAUAAAAUAUUUGUACUAACAAUUUUAAAAAUCAAUAUUUUUAAGCUUAAAGUUUUACAUUUAUAUUUUACUAUUAAUUGUUUUGAGUUUAAAAAAUGGGGCAUUCCACGUUACUCGGUAAUUUUUGUCCCGCCUGUCACAAUUAAAAAUUGUGAGUAAAAACCACAAGUUAUAAAAUUAAUAUUUUAUAAUAUUAUUUUUAUUGUGCUUAUAACUUAUUAAAAACAUAAUAAAACAAUAUUUUUAAAAAAAAUUUAUAACGUGUAGUUUUUACUCACAAUUUUCAAUUGUGACGGGCGGGACAAAAAUCCCCGAGUAACGUGGAAUGACCCAAAUGUAACUUUGGACAUUUCUGUUAAAACAUCAAUUUACUUUAAGCACUUUAUUUACAGUCAAAAAUUUUCUUCAAUAAAAUAGUGGAUAUUUUCUUACGAGAAUCGCGCUAAAAACGCUUUUUUAGGACGAUAAAGCACAUUUUAGAUAAAAUUAAAAAAUCGAUACUUAUAUUAUUUUAUAAACAUAAUAUUUUUUACAAAAACAACUUUUUGAGCUUCAAACUAUGGUUACAUGUUGAUGUUAUCUAUUUUUUUUAUUUAUUUGUCAGUUUAACGCUAAUUUUUUAAAUAUAAUACAAUGUAUAUUUUGCGCUCUAAAUAUACACAAAGUAUUUAUAUUGCAAUAUUUUCAAAAAAUUAGCGUUAAAAUGACAGAUAGAUAACAUCAAUCAUUUGUAUUUAAAUGUCAAGGUUUAGGAUGUUGGUUUUAUUGCAAAAAUGAGUUUUAAAGCUUUUAAAAAGUCCUUUUGUGAAAAUUGUGUUUUAGGUAUUUUUACCACCCUUUUUUAAUAUCAAUUUGAUCGUAAAAUGUGUUUUAUCGACCUAAGAAGCGUUUUUAACGCGAUUGCAUUAAUUUUUGAAAAAAUCGACUAUUUUACAAAUUUUCAAAAUGGCCAGGGACUGUACUGGGUAUACAGUUUCAAUAUAGAUACUUUUUAGCAUUAUAAAUGCAUUUAUUAAAAAUGUAAUCUUUUAUUUCGUCUGGUCAAUUUUUUGGUAACUUUAUUUUUUAUUCUUUUUGUGAAUUAGAUAAAUUUUUCUUGUAAUUAAAACAAGAAAUUUGGAUAAAUGUCCAUAAGAGAAAUAAUAUGCCCUGUAUAUUUCACAGCAUGGAUACUUUUAACACAUUCCUUAAAGGAUAAUAUAAAACAAUUAAAAAAAAAAUCCAGCAAAAAAAUCUUCGAUUUUUUCUAUAAUACAUGUGCCAUGUAAACGUGUUGUUAUAAUGUUCUUCGUAUUUUUCUGUAAAUAAGUUGACGACGACGAUUUGUUUAAGGGGUUACAUGCAGUCAGAGGUGUAAAAAAUGGACACUUUAAAGAAUUUGUUAUAAAGUGUUUUUUAUUCAAAUAUUGAUACCAAUUUCUUAUACCAUAUUUUAAAAAAGAGAAAGAUGUUAUAAAAAAUUAUAACUGCACCACAACCCCUUAAAAAGGUUUGAAUUUUUAACCAUUACAUUACACAAUAGAGCACUUUAAAAGGUUAGCGGAAUAGCUUUAAAAUAUAUACGCAAACUUUAUGAAAAAGAUAUUUAAAAAUAGGCUUUUCUCAUUUUUAUGUUUAUUAAUAUUAUUUGAUAAUAUAAAAUUUUAAAGCACAUUGGGCAAAUAUGCCUUCUGUUUAAUAAAUUAUAAAAUAAUAUAAAUAAAUCUACAGGGUAGUCUGCUGAGAUGUCAGUUGUUCAAAAACAAAAUAAUUUAUUCUUGGUAGAUUACCCAUAUACAUACUAUAACCAUUUGGAAAAAUAGUACUUAGUGCAGUUUUGACAAUGAAUGGAAAUGCUGAUUUGUUAAUAACCUUAUAUAAAUAAAUAAAUAAAUAAAAAAAAAUGGGUUUUAUAGAAAAAUAUCAUAAAAGUUUGACCUGGUUUCUAGAUAAUAGUCGUAAAAAAUUGAACCAAGUACUAUUUUGUGAUUUUUGAAUAAAUGUAAAUAAAUAAAUUUGUGUUUUAAAACCAUAAAUAAGUAUUUAAAAUCGAUUUGGUUUUAUAGUUUGAGUGUCUUGAUGUUAGGGGCAAAAUUGGCAAAAUUAUUAAUGACUACCCAAGUGUCCAUAUUAUUUAUUUCACUUCAAUUUUAUUAUUGGAAUCUUCAGUUAAUUUAUGUUUGUAUUCGGAAUAUGGUGAUAUUUUUCUAGUGAUAUAACAUAUGUAUUUUUCGAUUUUCAGUUUAUAUUCGUAUUACUUUUAUGAUUAUUAUUAAUUAUUUAUUGCUGUUAGAAUUUGAGACAUGUGUAAGAUACUGAUGUAUUAUAUGUGUUUGUAAGUUUUAAUAUUUUAAUUCUAAUGCAAUAAAUUUUCAAGAAUCAGUUUUAUUACACUGUUUUAGGCAAACAAGUUUUUUAUUGAUACCACGUAUUAAAUAACAAAAACUUUUUUGCGUUAUUUCGUUUUUAUCAAUGUUCUUUUUAUUUUUGAAACUUUGAUUCUUGAAUUUGACUGACUUGCUUUUGUAUAUUACUUAUUCAAAAUUGU